CCAGCUCAGCCCUGAAACGGGUCCAGCCGGUCGCGAGCGAAGGCAGCGGCGGCGGCGAGGUCGGGCCCAGGACUCGAGCGGGAGGAGGAGCGGACAGAAGGUCGCGCAGCGGCUGCGCCAGGCCACCGUCGCUCGCCCCACCCGGCUCGCAUCCAGCCGCCGCGCCUGCCCGCCCGUCCGCCCGCCACCGCUGCAGCCCCGGGACAGGAGCAAGCCGCCCGACCGACAUGCUGAGCUCUGGCCCGCCCGCCGCCGCCCCGGCGCCCCGAGCCGCCGCCCCGCACCCCGGGCACAGGGCUCCCCGCGCCCCGCGCAGCUGAGCGCUACCAGGUCACCGUGGGUCAGGAUUCCGAAGGUCUCAGACCCCGAUGGGAGUGGUAAGCCAUGGCUGCAGAUGAUAAAGUUGCUAUCCUAACUGAUGACGAAGAGGAGCAGAAGAGGAAGUAUGUCCUUGCUGAUCCCUUCAAUGGCAUCUGUAGGGAAACAGAGCCACCUUCCAACGAGACACCCUCCUCCACAGAGACUUCUGCCAUUCCCGAGGAGGAAAUAGACUGGAUCGAGAAACACUGUGUGAAGAUAAACAAUGACCUUCUCAUUUCCAAGGUGUUCUAUUUUUUCUUUUACUCCGCCUAUGGCUCUCUGUACCCACUCCUGCCCGUGUAUUAUAAACAGCUGGGAAUGUCACCCAGCCAGAGCGGACUCUUGGUGGGUAUUCGAUACUUCAUUGAAUUCUGCAGCGCCCCCUUUUGGGGCGUAGUUGCGGACCGUUUCAGAAAGGGCAAGAUUGUCCUCCUCUUCUCGCUUUUGUGUUGGGUUUUAUUCAACCUGGGCAUUGGAUUUGUCAAACCUGCUACCUUGAGAUGUAUACCAAAGAUUCCCCCCACAGCUCACCCCACCAACGUAAGUCACCUAGUAACCAUCCUGCCAAUGAAUUCCUCCACCGCUGCUUUCUUUACUACAGCACCAAAAUCGCGCGAGAAAAGGGAACUGCUAUCGCUGUCUGAAAAAGAGCCCAACGUCUCAGACACAGCUCUCUUCUCCACGGCUUUGACCUUGACCAGCGAACCCACGCUACAGCCCCAGACAGAGGAAGCUACCCACCGUGUUACGGACUUGAUUUCUAAUGCAAGCGCAGUGACUCCUACCCCGACAGGAAACACCACGGAGACAACCACGGCUGUUGUCUUUACCACCACCAAAUCGUUACCAUCGGACCAAGUGUCCCUCGUUUAUGACCAGCAAGAAGUUGAGGCGAUAUUCUUGGUUAUCUUGGUGGUUGUCAUAAUCGGAGAAUUUUUUAGUGCCUCUUCGGUCACGAUUGUAGACACAGUAACCCUCCAGUACCUGGGGAAACACCGAGAUCGCUAUGGGCUGCAGCGCAUGUGGGGCUCCCUGGGCUGGGGCUUGGCCAUGCUGUCUGUGGGCAUCGGCAUUGACUACACCCACAUAGAUGUGUUCAUUGACGGGAAGGGGUGCAAGCCCCCCGAGUACCGGAACUACCAGAUCGUCUUCAUCGUCUUUGGAGUCCUCAUGACCAUGGCCCUGAUCGUGGCCACGCAGUUCCGGUUCCGCUACAACCACUUCAAAAAUGGCGACAGUAAGGGGAAAGAGGUGGAGAUCCCACAGGUGGAGAGGGACAACUCCACAGAGUCGUCCGAGGAGACCCCGACUGGGACGUCCCACUCACAGGCCUUCAACUUCUGGGACUUGAUCAAGCUGCUGUGCAGUGUGCAGUACGGCUCAGUGCUAUUUGUUGCCUGGUUCAUGGGCUUUGGAUACGGCUUUGUGUUCACCUUUCUCUACUGGCAUCUGGAAGAUCUGAAUGGAACCACAACCCUCUUUGGGGUCUGUUCGGUCCUGAGUCACGUGUCCGAGUUGACGGCUUACUUCUUCAGCCACAAGCUCAUUGAGCUGAUUGGCCACAUCAGGGUUUUGUACAUUGGCCUGGCCUGCAACACGGCUCGCUAUAUUUAUAUUUCCUAUCUGGAAAACGCCUGGACCGUUCUCCCUAUGGAAGUUCUGCAAGGGGUCACACAUGCGGCCAUCUGGGCGGCGUGCAUCUCGUACCUCAGUGCUGCCGUGCCCCCCGAGCUGAGGACGUCUGCGCAGGGCAUCCUGCAAGGCCUUCACCUGGGGCUGGGGAGAGGAUGCGGUGCUAUGAUUGGAGGCGUGUUAGUCAACUACUUUGGGGCUGCUGCAACCUUCCGGGGGAUUGGCAUGGCCUGCCUGGUGAUCCUGCUGCUCUUUGCCCUGAUCCAGUGGCUGGCAGUGCCGGACGAGGAAGAAGACAAGACAAUGUUGGCAGAAAGGAUUCCUGUUCCCUCUAGCCCCGUUCCCAUAGCAACCAUCGACCUGGUACAGCAACAGGCCGAAGAUGUCAUACCUCGCCUUGAGCCCAGACUUCCGCCCAAGAAAACCAAGCACCAGGAAGAACAGGAGGACGUAAACAAACCAGCCUGGGGGGUCAGCUCCUCUCCCUGGGUGACCUUUGUGUAUGCCCUCUACCAGGUUAAGGAGAUGAUCCAACUGACAAGAGACAGCCGGGCAUCGGAGAUCCAGCCUUUACAGGGGACCAGUGAGAAUCGGGAAAUUUCUGCAACUGGUGGAGCCCAGCACGUCCCCCGUGAGACUCGCUCUGACCCACCCAGAAACCAGCCAUUCCCUGACACAGCAGCAUCUCAACCGCAGCCCAGCUCCGUUCACCCCAGCACUGCCCCCCAUGUAGAGGAAAGUGGGGAGCAGCAGGCUCAGCCCACUGCAGGAGAACACUGAAGGGCCCCUGAUCAUCAUCCACCCUGCAUGGCACCAGACACCUCAGUCAGGACUCAGAGGGCGAGACCCUCACCCUGGACAUGCCUCCCUGAGGGGAGCACCGCGCCGCACAUGCUUCUAAGUAGCUAAACUCAUUACUGUGGAACCACGCACACAUGAGCUACGGUCCUGUAGAGACUCAGAGCAGUGGUGGGUGAGGACUUCCUGCUCUUGGUGGGUUAGGUCUGAGCUAACGCCUCUGCCAGGGUCUGAGGGUGGGAAGCAGAACUCACACCAAGUGAGGAGAACGAACAGGUCUCCAGGUGACCCGUGACAUCAACUCUCUCUUCUGAUUAUUUAUUCUAAAUACUGGGGUCUCGGUGCAAAGAGAGAUGAAGAGUGUACCUAUGAAUUUACUUGUCUUGAAGAAAAGCGUUUUAAAAAUUAGAAGACCUAUUUAAAAGGGAACCAGAUGGAAGUCAGUAGAACAUACGCUUUUUUUUCUGUUGUUGUUGUUUAGAAAAGUUCAAAGUUUCGCUGACCUUUGCACAUCUCUAGCAAAUAUAUUUUUAUAUGCAUAUGGUGUGUAGGGAAGGGAGGUCUCAGAGCUGUUACAACUGCAUAGCGUCGAGCUUUAAAAGGCCUUUGUCUCAGUGGGCUGGGAGAAUGAGCAAAACUGAGAGGAUAUGGCAAAGAAUCCGUCCAAGUCAUUGUCCCAAGACUUGAUGGACGUGGGCUUUCCAGUGCAGCUGCUACUGUGACAGCCUGUCGCUGUCUCACAGCGACCUGGCUUCCUCACUGGGUUCCUAAGGAUCCCUUAAGUUAAAACUUACUAUCUACAAAGAGAAGGAUAAGAUUUAAGUGCCUGGGGGAAGGACAUUGUGUUCAAAAAUCAUGGAUUAGGUCUGUUUUGUGAAGUACUAAACAGGAAGCCAGGAAGGGGAAUUGUGGGAACCAGAAAGACUUAUCUCAUGACUUCAGAAACAAAUCUAAAGUUUGUUCUUCUCCCCCAAACCAUAGUCAUACACUGGAGCUUUUAGGUUUGGGUGACAGCAAUACCCUUCACCACCAGACAUCGGGCUUGCAAGGAAAGGAGAGGCUGUCUGGGAGGCCGGUGGAAGGGGGUGGUGGCUGUGGCUGAGCUAAGGGCAUUGAGGAUGAACGUGAGAGAAAGGUCAGAAAUGGAAGGUCGCCUUAACCUCUGACCCUGAGUGACGGCUUCCCCGUGACGGCUCUGCCUGCCUCCACAUCUAGGAGGAUUCAUUCUGCGCCUAGGUGACACAGCUCACAGUGAUGGGAAGCGCUAAGCAGGUGGUUAUUUUUGCACUUGAACGGUACUGUACCUGUCAAUCACCAUGACUCGUUUUAAGUGACCUUUAAAAUCGGACGGAUUUAUUGUGCUCGAGUAAAUUGCAGAAGCCAAGUGGGGGCCAGGCUGAGCCCCACCUUUGAAUGUAGAGCGUGUGGAUUUGUAACCCACGGUAGGGAGCCAGAACCUUGUAUCUUGUGUUUACAGUUCUGAUUCAUUUCUCUGAAAAGCCCUGCCGUUUUUGGAGAUGCCCAGUGGACGUGUUGAAAUAAAAAGUAAAUACCAUUUUUAAAUAUUUCCUAAAUGAAAACCACGUGACCAAACGAGUGUAAAUCCUCUGCUCUGUGAUGAAUAACCCCAAACUCACCAUGCCUUUGAUACACAAUGUUUACUGCGAGCGUUGAUCCAGCAAUGCAGGCAUUUCCAGCCUUCUGAGCUGACACCUUCACGAGUUUGUGGACUUUGUCACUUUUUUCUUCCUGUCCUAAAAGUGCCAUACACCACUUAAAGACAUUAAAGUCAAUUCAAAGUAAA